UCUCCUUCCACAUCUGCCCUCGAUCAACUCUUCUUAUACUCUCAUUCUCAUUCUCAUUCUCAUUCUCAUUCUUAUUCUCUUUCAUUCUCUCUCGCUCUCAAUCUCGCUCUUUGUCUCUCCUUCCACUUUAAUCCUCGUCCACCGCUUCCAUCAAGUCCGGCCGAGCACAAACCACCUAGCGUCCACAGCACAGCCGUCGGUCACCAACAUCAAUCGCACGCAUUGGCCUCAUCCUCCUACCUACCCACGCUCAUAUUCAAGCACUCACCUCCCCCCUGUCUCCUGCGCUUCUUCCCACCCCGCCGCACACUCGCCGCCCGCAUCAACGGUCACGCUCCGCGCUCAACCGCGUCGUCGCUCCUGUGCUUUCCCCGACGGCGCACCUUCACUGCGCGUGCGCGGCGCGCUAUGAGCCAUGUCGUCGACACUCUCAAACUACAGUCUCGGUGACCUGUUAGGUCGUGGAGCGAGUGCAAAUGUCUACCGCGCGCUCAACUUCCAUACAGGCGAGACGGUCGCGAUCAAGCAGAUCUCGGUGGCGUCGCUGCCCGCCAGCAGCCUUCCAGACAUUAUGAGCGAGAUCGACCUGCUUAAAAACCUCAAUCAUCCAAACAUCGUCAAGUACAAGGGGUUUGCGCGCGACAAGGAGAACCUCUUCAUCGUGCUCGAGUACUGCGAAAACGGGUCGUUGCAGAACAUUCUCAAGCGGUAUGGCAAGUUCCCCGAGUCACUCGUGGCCGUCUACAUGCGUCAGGUUCUCGAAGGACUGCUGUAUCUGCACGACCAGGGUGUGAUACAUCGAGACAUCAAAGGCGCAAACAUUCUUACAAACAAGGACGGGUGUGUCAAGCUUGCCGACUUUGGCGUGAGCUCGCGCGCACCCACCCCCGACCUCGCAGCCGCUGCUCAGCACCCGGACGCGGACAACGAGGUCGUCGGUAGCCCCUACUGGAUGGCGCCUGAGGUCAUCGAGCAGUCCGGUGCAACAGCCGCGUCGGACGUGUGGAGUGUUGGAUGCGUUGUUGUUGAGCUCCUCGAGGGCAAGCCGCCAUUCGGCAGUCUCACUCCCAUGCAGGCACUCUGGCGGAUCGUUCAAGACGAAUCCAUGAGGAUACCGGAGGGCGCUAGUCCAAUCGUCAAAGACUUUCUAUACCAGUGUUUCCAGAAGGACCCCAAUCUACGUGUGUCGGCGCGUAAACUUUUGCGCCACCCGUGGAUGCAGACGGCCAAGAAGGGGGGCGACGAGCCAGCCGCAGCGGUCGAGGCCAUCCAGAAGGUGCAGGCGUGGAACGAAGCGUUGAAUGCCGUACCAAAGAACUCGGGAACUAUCCGGCGGUUGCCGGUACCCAAGAAGGCUAAGGAUGAGGCCAAGGCGGACCGGAGCGACGCGACGAUAGCACCACCCAAGCCCAAGGCGGGGCAGGGUGCGACUGGGCUGUUGCAAAAGAACCAGCACGUUAGCGACGCUCUCAGCCGCGCACGCGAGAGCGACGAGGCUGAGAAGUGGGAUGACGACUUCGCCCUUGAUAUAAGCUUGCCCAAGUUGACGAGCAAGGCGAGUCCUGUCCCGCCAGAAGAUGGUGAUACAAACCACGCCACGGUGCGCCCGUCCCGUGAUGCACUGGCGGCGAGUAAGAGGACUACGAAGGAGCGGCCAAAACCUAUUGCGGAAGACUACUCAGAUCUCGGGCUGGAGGGCGACGAGCUCAAAAUCAAGGCGUCGAUUAUGAGGUCCCAGCAUAAGGGCCGCAAGCCCAUCCUCCAUCCCAACGACCUCUACAAGGUCGGAACGAUCAAACCGCACUCCUCUAAACCGUCGAAGACUCUACUCCCUCCGCUGCCCCAAGCGACAGCAGUGCCACCACCUAAACCAGCACCAGCCGCGCCACCACCAGCUCUGCCAGCCCCAGCUCUGCCAGCCCCAGCUCCACCAGCAGCAAGGGUGCCCUCUCCGGCCCCUACUCCAAAUGUAUCCACGAUUAACAGCCCUACAUUACCCACCAAAACGCCACCAGGUUCGCGACAAAGCUCGUUGCGGGGUCGUGUCGCGUCAAGUAACCACCUCGAGUUACUCAAGUACACGGAAGCCGAUGACGAGGACUACUCCGACAUGUUUGGCGGAUCUGCCACCAAUGAGGACGGGACGAAUACCAUGGGAUCACUCCAGCUUACGCGGCGGUCCAAUAGGUCCUGGGGUGAUGAGGAGGAAGAAGAUGUGGACCCAUUCGCCGAGCUCGAGGACGAUUUCGCAACAGACAGCUACGAGGAGAACCUUCGUCGCGACCGACGAGCCGCAAAGCAUGCGAGUGUCGAGCGACUCAUUGCGCGGCUAGAGGGCCACCUUCCACCCCCGCAGCUCAAGGAGGUGACGGAGGAGCUACUGUCCACCCUCGAAAACGCGCCACCAGAGAUGCAGCUCGAGCGUCACUUUGUCCAAAAUCGAGGCAUGCUUGCGCUUCUGGACAUGCUGGAAACUAAUCUAAACCGUCGCGACCAUGCCCGCGAGCUCCCCAUGUCUCUACUUAAGAUUGUUAACUUCAUUGUAGCCGUUGAUGUCGAUAAUCUCGAAUCGUUCUGUCUUGUUGGCGGCAUCCCCGUCAUGAUCCCAUACACUAGCAAGAGGUAUCACCUCAACAUCCGCCUCGAGGCGUCCACAUUCAUUCAGCAUCUCACUCGCAGUGCCUUAACGCUGCAAAUGUUUAUCUCUUGCCGCGGGUUAAAGGUUCUCGUUGAUCUCUUGGACGAGGACUACUCGCUCAAUGAGGCCUUAAUCCUUUCCGCACUUGAGGGCAUUGGAAGUGUCUUCGACCUUCAGUCGCCCACGCCCAAACCCGACUUCUGUCGCAUGUUUACCCGAGAAGGCAUCAUGGACCCGCUGUCAACCGCGCUCCUCAGUCUGAUAAAGGACAAGGAUGCCGACGAGGACGUCACUAAGCGGUGCCUUGACGUCCUUCUCCUCUUCUCGCAAGUUGCCCAGGCAGACUCGCACGUCCGCCAGUCUUUCGCCGAACGGACGAUCAUGAUGCGCUUGCUGCGCGCCCUCGACCUUCUCCCGCGCAAGCUGCUCGUCACGGCGAUCAAGGCCGUAAAGCACCUUGCGACACACCCCCAGCUCGUGGAGGUGCUGCAGAACUCGAACGCUGUCGAAAUCCUCGUCGACUUGCUUGGCAAGACGCUCAAGGGCUCGUACAGCAACGAGAUUUGCUCCCACAUCUUCCAGACCAUCUUCUCCAUGUGCCGCCUGUCCAAGUCGAGGCAGGAGGAGGCGGCGGCUGCGGGCAUCAUUCCGCUCCUCAAACGAGUCAUCAUGUCCAAGUCGCAACUCAAGCAGUUUGCACUCCCCGUUCUUUGCGACCUUGCGAACGCUGGAAAGCAGUCGCGCAGGCUUCUCUGGCAGAACGAGGGCUUGAACAUGUACCUGGACUUGCUGGACGACCCCUACUGGCGUGUAAGCGCACUCGAGGCGCUGACGGCGUGGAUGCAAGAUGAGCCGGCGCGAGUGGAGGGCGAGUUGCUGGGCAAGGAGUCGAUCGACUGCCUGACCAAGUGCUUCGUGCAGUCGUCGUCGCAGUCGUAUGAGCGCAUUCUCGACCCGUUCCUCAAGAUCAUGCGGCUUUCUCCGCCGCUCACGAGCGCAUUUGUGACGCCGCCCUUCUUGACGCGCCUGGCCGAAUCGCUCGAGCGGCAGACCAAGGCGGGUAUCACGCUCAACCUACUGCGCAUCACGCGACUUGCUCUGGAAUCGCACUCACAGCGCGUCACACUCGUGCCGCGGUACCGAUUCGACCGGAUUGUCAAGCGGCUUGCGCAACAGAAUGACCCUGUUCUUGUGCGAGAGCUUGCACAGCAGGUGUACCCUGUCCUGGUCGCGGGGACGCUACCUGCGCCAUCUUCCGGCAUGGGGGGCGACGGCAUGCGCAAGGUUACCGCGGUGCGGCGGAAGAGCACUGACAUGUCACCGCCGCUUGGAUACCACGGCUUCUCCAGCUCUGGGCAGGGCAUACCGUCUCGCCGCAUGGGACAUACGCGCACCGCCAGCGACGAGGUGCGACGCUCGGUUCUUGGUCCUCCGCUGGAGAACGGCGAAGACCGAGCUGCGUCGGACGGCCGCCGGCCCAAGAGCGGCAUACCGCGCAAUGUCAAGGAGAUCUGGGACGCGGGCGAGAACGGGCGUCGCCUCCGAGCGCCUUCCGUGAGGCCCAAGCUUGGGUAGGGGUGCAGGAGUGAGUGGGGAGGAUUAAUAGCGUUGAGGAGAGGUAUGCGGUAGGGCGCCAGUGUACCAUUAUG